GUCGUUCUCAGGGAGAGAAGAUAUCGAAGUUGUCACAAAAAAUACACAAGACAUGCCGCUAAAGGUGCCAUUUAAUAUAGGGUUUCCAUAUAUAAGAAGAGGUGGUACUAAAAUAAAAGUUACACUUCCAAAACCACAAAUUUAUGGUAAUGAACAAAAUGUAUUAUAUUCACAAGCGGUUAUGAGAGCCAUGCAAAUAACGUCACCGACCCAGGCAAAUAAAAUAAUAAUACAAACAUCAUCAACGGUUAUAACAAAUGGAAACCGUUCAUCCAAACCAUCAAUAACGACACAAGUUUCUCUAGACAAUGAACCUUCCGUAGAUCGACCUUCUUCACAGGUUGUAUCGUCGAUAUCGAAUAAAUUGACCUCGGCAAAUAUUCAAAGCCGUUCAUCUUCACCCGACAAACCUAGCCCUUCAUAUAAUGCUGCUAAAGUUGAUGAUGGCCUAUCAUCAACAUCAGUUAACGGCACCACUAAUUUUUCCGGAACAAAUUGUUCCACAUCAAAGGUACCAAUGAGUACGAUUAAUGGGUCAACUUUUCAACAAAAUAAUGCUAGUAACCUCGAUGGAGCUACGAACCCAAAUUCAUUAAAUGUUCAACCUCAACAUAAGAACGGAGUUUCUGGAAAGGCCUCCGUAUGGAAUGGGAUUAAUUCAAAAAUUAUUAACCCGACUGGUGCUAUGAAAGAAUUUUCUCCUGGUUCGACAGCUGUCAGGUCUCAACAUACAAACAGUAUCACCAGUUAUCAACAUCAACGUGUCAUUAAGACACUGCAAUAUGGACCCAACACUAGUUUAACUUGCACUGCUGAAAAAAUGAGUACUAAUGAUUUCCAGAAGGAAUCAAGUUGUUUGGCCAAGCAUGUUGAACAACAUGAGUUAGAUAACAAAAACAAUACUUCAUCUUUUACCAGUACACCAAAUAGCUCUAGAAGGUCUUCUGAAUCAAAUGGUACUAAUGCCACUACUAAAGAGUCAACUCUUAAAAAUAACACAAAGCAUAAGAAAAAGAAUGAGAGUAAGACAUCAUCUGGUUUAAAUACACCAUCACAAUCUAAUACCCCUGGUGGUUCAAGAAGAUCUUCUACAUCACAUAACCCUAAUACAAUUGUUGUACCUAAAGAGACAUCAGUUAAAAAUGUUUCAGCACGACAAAUAGAACCAGAUAACAAGAGCAAUAUGCCAUCUGUUUCCAGUACAUCAACUGUCUCUAGAAGACCUUCAGAAUCAAUCACAAGUCAGCUUAAUUCAAAUGGUGCGGUAUCAUCUAACAUUAGUUGGGCUCAUCGUCUUUUCCCGAAAGAUGAAAACCAAAAGCUUAAUACUGUUAUAGCUGAAAGUUCUAAAUCAAACAUGAAGUCACCAAGUCCUCCAGUUAAACCACAAAAGCCACAAAAGCCAGAUGUUUCAUUAACGAACGGAAAACCUAAAGUAGGAGGAUUGGCGGGCUUGCUGAAGGACUUCGAUCCGUCUUUUCAAAAUGUAAAUAUGAGUCCGAGAGGACUCAUAAAUAAUGGUAACAUGUGUUUUAUGAAUGCGAUAUUACAAACGCUUUCACAUUGUCCACCGUUCUGUAAUCUACUCACACGCAUUUAUAAAGACGUCGCACAUAGCUUCAAUAGUACGACUCCACUAGUUGAUUCUUUGGUGAGAUUCAUUGAAGAAUACAAACAAAUGAAACGCACCGAAAGUUCCGAAGAAUUUGGAGAAGCUUUCUCUCCUGAAUAUGUAUAUGACGCGUUACGAGGACUCAAACGCUUCGACUCCAUGAAAGGGCGUCAAGAAGAUGCCGAAGAAUUUCUUGGGUUCCUCCUUGACGGGCUACACGAAGAGUUCUUGGCAGCUCUUAAAAGAGCUGAUCCUAAGAAUCAACAAUCUGAUAAAGCUAGUGUGGCAGGUAAUCAAAAAGAAGACGAUUGGAUGGAAGUCGGUCGCAAAAACAAAACAUGUUUUACCAGAACGACAAAUGUUGAAGAAACUCCUAUUAGUCGCAUAUUCGGUGGGAAUUUCAGAUCAGUAUUAACAUGUCCUGGUAGCUUUGAUUCCAUCACACUGCAACCAUAUCAGUCUUUACAACUAGAUAUACAGCCUGAUGAUGUAAAGACAAUUGGGGACGCUCUAAAAAAUUUGACCGUUUCAGAAUGUGUGGAUGAUUUCUACUCACCCAAAAAUGGUUUGGUGAAAGCUACAAAACGUUUGUACAUUGAGACGCUACCACCAAUAUUAACUCUUCAUUUGAAAAGAUUUAUUUAUGAUAACGUUGGCGGGACGCAAAAACUCAGCAAACAUAUUGGAUACUCGACAACAUUGUCAAUCCAACCUGAUAUCAUGGCUCAAGCACGCCGUCCUAAAGAGGCGAUAGAAUACCGACUCUUCGGAGUUGUCUAUCAUCAUGGAAAGUCAGCCACUGGUGGUCAUUACACUGCUGAUAUACUUUGUCAAAACGACUGGCUUCACAUCGAUGAUACAGCAAUUUCUCCAAUAUCAUUGGAAGAGGUUGCUUCAGUGGAGAAUCCCACCCAACCAACUGAUCGGUCGGCAUAUAUUCUGUUUUAUAUGAGAAGUUAAUUGUACGCUAAUCGGUCGGUUGGGUGAGGAGUUAAAAAAAAAAGAAUAAAAAAUUUUUUUUUAAAAAAAAA